AUGGCCCACCGCAUCGUUACCCAAGUCGUCGUAACCGGCGCGCGUGUCUUCGGCCGUGCUUUCGCUGAAGCCUACAAGCAAGCCUCCGCCGCAUCUAAACACGGAGGCGCAAACGGCAAGUCCGGGAACUCCUUCGCCUCCUCCGGCAUCACCCUCGACGAGGCAUACAAGAUCCUCAACGUGAAGCCCCCGCAAGCCGGCGAAGCAAACCUUGAGCAAACGAUGGAGCGGUUCAAAAAACUGUUCGACAUGAACGAUCCGCAGAAAGGUGGCAGUUUCUAUCUGCAGAGUAAGAUUCUGCGUGCGCGCGAGCGGAUAGAGAUGGAGGCUCGUCAGGCAGAGAGACACACUGCGCAGGAGAAGGAACUGCGUGAAGGGUGGAAGCCAAAGGUUUACAAGGACCGGUGA